UGGGGCCCCAGACACAAAGGGCCAUUGCUUUAUUGAUCUCUGCUAUUUGUUUUCAGCUUGUAGGAACUGCACCUGGGUCCUCAAAACAAAACCUUUUGUAUCCUUGGUAAAUUGUUCCCAACUCAUAAAAGAAGAACACUAAUAAUACAAGCCCGUCAAUAUGUAUAUUUAAAGGAUCAGGCAGCUGCUAAACCCCCACACUUUUUCUUGCUACAAUUCAGAGAACAUGUUCUUCAAAGGAGGAAGCUGGCUUUGGUUAUACAUCAGAACAAGUAUCAUUCUAGGAAGUGAACUAAACAGCCCAGGGCCACAUGGGCAAAAUAAUUGUUACCAGUUUAACAGAUUUCACUGCAGCUUUGAGGAAGCAGAGCAUUACUGUCAUGGGCAGAGAGGAUUCCUAGCUCAUAUUUGGAACCAGGAAGUUCAAGAUCUCAUCCAGGACUUUCUGGAAGAAGGAAAGAAGUGGUGGAUUGGGCAAAAUGUAAUGCCACUGAGAAAGCAUCAAGAUGAAAACUACCCAGCAGAUGUUGCAGCCCCCGGAGCCCCAAAGCCCCCCAGCUGCACCUACCUGUCCAGAAACCUCAGUCGGAUCUUAUCCAAAGAGGACAAUUGCUUCCUGAGACACUAUUUCAUUUGCCAGACUGAUGGCGUUUUGGACAGAGAUGCCCAUUAUGAAAGAAAUGAAAAUAAUUCUCGUUUGUGCCAGAGAACCGAGAAGAUAAAAAGAGGAGUUGCAAUAGCAAGAGACAAAAUGCCCCCAGGGCCUGGUCCUCUUUCAACCACAUGUCACCAUCCUCUUCCUGCUCAUCUCUCCAAGACUCUGUGUCAUCCCAUCAGCCCGUUUCCUUCAGUACUACAAAAUACCACAUCACAGAUAACAGCCACAUCUGAAGCCAGCAGCCAGCCUCUCCCUGUGAUAACACAGCUCACCACGCCUGUGUCUGUCACACGUGCUAGGCAAUCUCUGGCAGAAACAACUUCAAGCCCAAAGAAAGCAGCUCAUCUGAAUACCGUCACCUCUCAUCUGCAAGUGUCAUUGCAGAAUGCAUCUGGUCAGGUCAUAGAUGAGAUAGCAGGAAACUUCAGCAGAGCAGUUCAUGGUUUGCAAGCUCAUAACAAACUACAGGAAGCUUGUGAGUUCCUCCAGAAACUGACAGCCUUAACCCCAAGAUUUUUUAAGCCAGCUCAGGUUAAUCUCAUCAAUUCCCUUAUUUACCUGAGUGAGGAGUUACUCAGGAUCCCAUUUCUGAACAACAGCGGUCUGGACUUCAAAGUUCCUGCAACUGUCUGCCCCUUUCAUUCCUUCAACGAUGUCACCAAAGCUGGAGAAGGAAGUUGGCUGGAAUCCAAGCGUGAUACUGAGCAGGUAGAAGACAUCCUGGAAAUGUCCUUGGCGGAGCUUGGGAAUAUCGGGGAAGCAUUUCUGGAGCAGGACCAGUCCCCCGAGUCUUCAGUGACUUUGACCUCCUCUGUUGCUACUCUGCUGCUGAGCAGACAAAACACAUCCACCUUACCACUGAGCUCUUACACUCUGGGUCACCCAGCCCCUGUGAGACUGGGCUUUCCGUCGGCUUUGGCUUUGAAGGAGCUCUUGAAUCAACACCCAGGAGUUAAUGUCCAAGUAACAGGACUAGCUUUCAAUCCCUUCAAGGAUUUGGACCACAGAAACGUUGUUGGAAGCAUUGGAAGUGUGUUACUAAGCGCUAAUCGCAAAUUGCUCCAAGUCCAUGAUUUAGUGGAGGACAUUGAGAUCAUGCUCUGGAGAAACGUUAGCAUGGAAACCCAUCCCACCAGCUUCAACAUGAGCACAGAUCAGCUUACAAUCACAGUGAACGUCACCUCCUUGGAGAAAUCCCUGAUAGUGAGCAUAGAUCCUGACAGUCCCCUUUUAAUGACGCUGUACCUGGGGUUCCAGUAUCAGCCUAACUGCACUCACUUCCACCUAAACAUCACCCUUCCGAAGGAUAAGGUGUGGCAAAAAGAUGAGGAGUACACGUGGGUGCUGACUCCUGAGCAUCUACAGUACGGGAUUGGCACCUACUGUAUAAGAGCUGUGCUGAGUGAGAGCCAGAAGGGUGCUCAGCAGACGCCCAGCUUGGUCUCGGUCAUCACCGCCGUCACUCAGUGUUACUACUGGGAGAGCCACAACCAGACAUGGAGCAGCAAUGGAUGCCAAGUUGGGCCACAGAGCACAAUUCUGAGGACACAGUGUCUCUGUAACCACCUGACCUUCUUUGCCAGCAACUUCUUUGUCGUGCCCAGGACCGUGAAUGUUGAAGACACGGUUGAACUGUUCCUUCGCGUGACCAACAAUCCUGUUGGGGUGUCACUGCUGGCUGGCCUUUUAGGAUUCUAUGUGAUCACAGUUGUGUGGGCUUGGAAAAAGGAUCAAGCAGAUAUGCAGAAGGUGAAGGUUACUGUCCUGGCUGAUAAUGACCCCAGCGCUCAAUUUCACUACCUUAUUCAGGUCUACACCGGAUAUCGAAGAAGGGCUGCUACAACAGCUAAGGUUGUCGUCACCCUCUAUGGAUCAGAGGGACGGAGUGAGCCCCAUCACCUCUGUGACCCCCAGAAGACAGUCUUUGAACGAGGGGGCCUGGAUGUCUUCCUUCUCACCACUCGGUCCUCUCUAGGGGACCUGCACAGCCUUCGGCUCUGGCAUGACAAUUCUGGCAUCAGUCCCUCCUGGUAUGUCAGCCAGGUAAUUGUCUGUGACAUGGCAGUGAAGAGGAAGUGGCAUUUCCUGUGCAAUUGCUGGCUGGCUGUGGACCUCGGAGACUGUGAGCUUGACCGCGUCUUCAUCCCAGUUUCAAAGAGACAGCUCUUUUCCUUUAGACAUCUGUUUUCCUCCAUGAUUGUCGAAAAGUUCACCCAGGAUUAUCUGUGGCUUUCAGUUGCAACUCGGCAUCCCUGGAACCAGUUUACAAGGGUCCAACGGCUGUCUUGCUGCAUGACACUGCUACUCUGCAACAUGGUCAUUAAUGUUAUGUUCUGGAAGAUAAACAGCACCACUGCCAAGAGAGAUAAGCAAUUGGGUCCAUUUGGUGUGGCCUGGUCUGAGCUGCUGAUCAGCAUCCACACUGCUGUCAUCCUCUUCCCCAUCAAUCUUGUCAUUGGGCGGCUCUUCCCGUUGAUUGAGCCACAGGAGACUCUGCCCCUCUUUCCUCCCGUCCAGGCCUCCUGCCUCUCAGAUGCUUCUGUUGAGCCUGUCUCUGCCGCAAUCGUAGUUGAGGAAUUAAAGGAAACUGUGAGAUUCCUGCUCAGGAGAGAUACAUACCUACUCUCCAAGUGUGAGCAGCCGCCAUGGAGUUCUUGUGACGUUACUAAGCUGGUGAAACUUUUAUCCAGCCUCAUAUCGUCUCACCUGGAGGGUCAAAGCUGUCAUCAGCAGGCAGAGCGCCACUGGGCACGUGUUGUUCCUGAAAACCACCAUCAUUUCUGCUGUUACCUGCGUAGAGUUCUGCAGAGGCUGAAAUCUCACUUAGGCACGCUGGGUCUCACCCAGGGUCACCAGCCCUGUGACUUCCUAGAUGCAGCCAGACAACUUCAAAAACUCCAGGAACUCUUGGAAAUACAUAUUCUUCCCACGGAGCAAGAGCCAUCCAGGGAAGUCACCAGUUUCGCCAUCCUGAGCUCAGAAGAAGGGAAAAAGCCCAUCUCUAAUGGCCUGUCCAAAUGGUUAACUGCAGUCUGCUGGCUCCUCCUAGGUCUGACUAGCCUGGCUUCAGCCUUUUUUACAGCACUUUAUAGCUUGGAAUUGAGCAAAGACCAAGCCACCAGCUGGAUGAUUUCAAUUAUUUUAUCAGUGCUUCAAAACGUCUUCAUCAGCCAGCCAGGAAAGGUGGUCUUCUUCACAUUCUUAUACUCACUGAUGAUGAGCAGGAUGCCACAGCUUAACAAAGAGAAGGAACAACAAACAAAGAGGAUCUUGGCACUCUUGGCAAAAUGUUCUUCGUCAGUACCAGGUUCAAGAGAUAAGAACAACCCCAUCUAUGUAGCCCCAGCUAUGAAUAGUCCAACUAAGCGUCCAGAAAGAACCUUGAAAAAGAAGAAACUCUUCAAGCUGACUGGAGAUAUUUUGGUACAAAUCCUUUUCCUUACCCUGUUGAUGACUGCAAUCUGCUCUGUAAAGAACUCCAAUAGAUUUUACCUCCACCAAGCUAUCCAGAAGACCUUUUCGCCCCGAUUCUCGGAAAUCAAACUUCUUCAGGAUUUCUAUCCCUGGGCCAAUCACAUCCUCCUUCCUAGCCUGUAUGGGGAGUACAGAGGAUUUAUUGCUGAUGGGAACUCCUUUCUUUUGGGCAAUGUUCUGCUGCGUCAGAUUCGCAUUGCUGAUCCCGGACUCUUCCCAGCUGGAGUAUCUCCCCAGGAGCAAGUGAAGCCACCUCACCAACAUCAGGAGGAUACAGAGAACUAUGGGGUUAAUUGGGGCCCCCUUGAUACAAACAUCACCAAAUCAGAUAGCAUUUGGCAUUAUCAGAAUCAGGAGACCCUGGGUGGUUCUCCCAUUCAAGGGGAAUUUGCCACUUACUCAGGAGGAGGAUACGCUGUGAAACUUGGAAGAAACUCCAGUACUGCAGCCCGAGUUCUACAGCAUCUUGAACAGAGGCAUUGGCUAGACCAACGCACAAAAGGCCUCUUUGUGGAGUUUGUGGUCUUCAAUGCUAAUGUGAACCUAUUCUGUGUUGUGAUCCUGAUGUUGGAGUCCAGUGAUGUGGGUGCUUUCUUCACCUCUGUGAGACUGGAAAGCUUCACUUCCCUUCAGAUGUCAAAGAAGGGCUUUGCCUGGUCUAUCAUCUCACAAGUCAUCUAUUAUCUACUGGUCUGUUACUAUGCCUUCAUACAGGGUUGUCGGCUGAAACGGCAGAAGUGGAGGUUCUUCACUGAGAGAAGAAACAUUCUGGACACAAGUAUAAUCCUCAUUAGCUUCAUCAUCCUGGGGCUUGACAUGAAGAGUAUUUCUCUACUUAGGAAAGACAUGGCACGAUACCGCGAUGACCGGGACAGGUUUAUCAGCUUCCACGAGGCAGUAAAAGGGAACUCUGCUGCGACUCACCUUGUGGGCUUCCUGGUUCUGCUGGCAACCGUUCAGUUAUGGAACCUGCUGCGUCAUAGCCCCAGGCUGCGGGUCAUCAGCAGGACACUGAGCCGAGCCUGGGACGAGGUGGUGGGCUUUCUGCUGAUCAUCCUAAUCCUGCUGACAGGCUAUGCCGUUGCCUUUAACCUGCUGUUUGGAUGCAGCAUCUCUGACUACCGGACAUUUUUCAGCUCAGCAGUGACUGUUGUUGGUCUCCUGAUCGGAAUUUCUCACCAAGAGGAGGUUAUCGAUUUAGACCCAGUCCUGGGCACCUUUCUGAUCCUCACCAGUGUCAUCUUGAUGGUACUUGUGGUAAUUAAUCUUUUUGUUUCUGCCAUUCUCGUGGCCUUUGGAAAAGAAAGAAAGUCGCUUAAGAAAGAAGUGGCACUAAUAGAUAUGCUGCUACAGAAGCUCUCAAAUUUGUUAGGAAUCAGUCGGCCCCAAAAAACCUCAUCUGAGCAAGCAGCCACGACAGCAAUGGGCACUGACACUGAAGUUUUAGAUGAACUACCUUAAUCCUGUUAUUUCCUAUUUGGCUAUUUCUUAGCAUAUUACUAAUCUUUGCAUGGCAUAGCUUUAAAAUUAUAAUAUACUUUGUUUUUAAUUUUGUAAGUUAGAAAUCAAAAUCCCCUUGGUCCCAAGUCCUUACUUAUGGAUCUUGGCACUGUCAAGAUAGGAUUAACAAUGCAAGAAUACUACGAGACAAACUAGCUCUGCUGCCAAGCAGCAAGUAAUGGAACACUCAUCACCCAUGGCCCAGGAUGGCUGUGGGAAAUGAAGGAGUCAGAAUUGAACUCACUGCAACUUACUAAAAAUAAACAUCCAAGGAUGAGGCAUGGCAGAUGCGGAGCCCUGCCACAGAGGAGGACAAAGCAAAUUCAGAUGCUAUCUAGGCUAGCUAAACACAGAUCAAAAUGAGCCCUGCACUGCUCCAGGAAUCCUGAAGGUAAGGGCUGGUUUACAUGGAUCACUUGGUUAAAAUAUUCUCCACUGAAAUCCAGAUUUAUACUUCAUCAUCUGACCAAACAGUAAAGAAAGCAAGACACAGGAUCUUUAACUUUAUUAGCAGCUACUGAGCUUCAGAAUACAAACCAACUGAAAACAUUAAAGGCUGCCUGAAGCAGGUAUGUACAAGUAUACUACACAGAAGCAAAAGCUGUAUCAUCCAAUCCCAAAGCCACCCCUGUGGGGAAGGAUGACCUUAGCUAUGGGCCAAAGGAGUACAGAAGUUACAACAUGAGAGUCCCAUCCAUCCAGGAAAGCAGUGAACAACUACAGCCGCAUGGGCACCAAAAAUUUAUCUGAGAUUAGUUUUAAAGGUUCCAUGAAUCAAAGUUUUCAAAUGAAAACAGGUACCCCCCUUUUCCUGUAGACUUUCCAGCUCACUACCCAAAAGACUUGAGUACUUCUAUUAAGGCAGCUGGAAGCCCACCCUAGACUUGAAUGGCAACUUGUCCUUUCUCUGCCAGUAAUGCAAUCCAACAGAAUAUGCUACGGGGAAAACAAUUUCCACAGUGCCGCCCUCUGGUACAAGGGGAACACAG